UUGCCGCCUUUAUUGGAGGCGCCAUAUACUUAAUUAAUUAAACAUCUACUCCUUCACCUUCAAUGUGUGUAUUUCUGCGUGAGCUUCUAAGUAUAUAAAUGAGUAUUUUGUCCAAUAUCCUCCUCAGUCACUCUACACAAGCAACAAACUUCCAUACAAAAAAGCAGAACCAAACAUGAAUUACGAAGGAAACACCUCCUCCCUCAAUCUGAGCCUAUCAUCGAGGAGGAGCGGGCUGAUGAAUCUGCCUCUCGACCCGGCUUCUUCGCCGCCGCUCAGCCCGGCAGAUCAGCGCGUGUUUUCGUGCAACUACUGCCGGAGGAAGUUCUACAGCUCUCAGGCCCUCGGCGGCCACCAAAAUGCUCACAAACUGGAGAGGACGCUCGCGAAGAAGAGCAGGGAGCUCAGCAUGGCGGAUUCGGGCUCAACCCGACGGGCUGGCUCGGGCUACGUGCCGAUGCGGGCUAGCGGGUUGAGUAGUUAUGGAAAUAUUGGCUGGAUUAAUGAAGGGGUUGAUCAUCAUCAGGAAGAACUUGGUCACCUUGAUUUGUCUUUGAGGCUUUGAUGAGUUUUUGCUAUCUUUAAUUAGAUGAUGAUUUCUUGGAUUUGGAGGAGUUCAUCUUUAAUUAUUUGUAUGGUUUAAGUUUAAUUAGAUUUUAUUUUUAUCCAAAUUAUGCUUACUUUUAAAUCUUUUUUCAUGCCAAAAAAUGACUAAUUAAUAUUUA